GCUGGCCAUCCAACCGCCAGUGCCGGUUGAUCACCGCCAUGGCGUUGGGUUUGCAGUUUCCUGCUGUGGUUCCGAUGGAAGGAGCCUUCCAAGUUUUACCUCGCAACUGCGCCACGUGCCUCGGAAAGUUCGAUGCCUUGCAUUUGGGCCAUGCCUCUCUGGUGCGUUGCGCAGAGGAGAUGAAUCUGGAGCCUUGGAUGGUGUCCUUCAGUGGUAUGGCGAAAGUCUUUGGAUGGCCGGAGCGCAGUCCUUUGAUCGCGCCGGAGCAUCGCCAGGAGGUCUUGGCGUCCUUGGGUAAGUCCGGGGCCAAGGAACGAGUCCUACCCUUCGCGGAGGUCCGUGGCCUUUCACCCAAGGAUUUCGUGGACUUUUUGGUGGAUGUGUUGGGUGCUGAAGGCGCCGUGUGCGGUGAAAACUUCCGCUUUGGGUUUAAAGCGGCGGGCGAUGCGGCCAUGUUGAAGGAGCUGGGAAGGACUCGAGGAAUUCCUGUCACCAUCGCGCCAUUGUGUUGCGACCAGGGGCGCACGAUCAGUUCAAGUAGGCUGCGCGAGAUGUUAAAAGCUGGCCAGAUGGAGGAGGCUGCCACAAUCUUAGGUCGUCCUCAUCGUGUCCUGUGGCGCUCCCGAAAGGACGCGAAGGACGGCAUCGACAGCAUCGACAGCAUCGACAGCAUCCAGCUGUUGGAGCCCGCGAAUCAAAUCCCAGGGGAUGGCAGCUACAAGGUGUCUGUGCUGCAGAAAGGUCACGCCUCACCCGCAAAGCUGAAGAUUUCUGAAGGAGCCGCGUUCUUGUCAAAACUGCCUGGUACAGAACUUGGUGCAGACAUCCUCUUUGACGAGGGCUUGGCUGCGCAACAACAAUUGCCCCGAUAGAGCGGAGCAGAAGCAUCGAGGUCCGACAUUCCGACAUGUUUGACGUUGACUCCAUGGUGCAGCUGGUGCCUUCGCGCAGUUUAUGGUGGCCAUUGGUGGUGAUUGGUGGCCCCUUUUGGUGCAAAAGGUUGGGUAAUGAUGGAGAUGGAAACCGGAGAUCUUUGCAACAAAGUUAUGGACGGCACAGACCUCAGCUGCAAGCGGAGAGUGCUGCCAGGGUGAUGUCACAGAACAUCACAUACAGAACCCAGUGAUAUUGGAGGAGGAAGAAGAAAAUGCGGACCACGAAUGGCCACGAUAGGUUUUUUCUUGUACAUCUUCAUGUCAUUUGGGCUUUUGGCCGUUCACACCUCGCUUAGGGUGACAGGGAUCUUCCUGCGUGAUAGAGUUCAG